UUCAACUUGCCGUGCUCUACGGUAGUUGAUUCAGUCAGUCAGUCAGUCAGUCACACCGUCUUCGGGGCUCUCUCACGUCGUCUUUGUGAAGUGAAGAGAGCGAAGGAGCGGAGCGCCGUAAACACGCGGCGUGGAGGAACAAUACGCGGCUUUGCCACUUGAGCUUCGAGCAGAAAAUCUCCUCUUAAGGAGAGGUCAGCAUCGGACCGCGCGGGAGAAUACAUGAAGGGCGGGGCGGGGGAGGGGGUGCCAGCUGCAGCACGAGCGCCUCUGAGGUCACGCAGACUCGCUCUGUGAUUGAAUAAGUUUAAGAAGCCGAUUUUGCCUAACAGCAAAUACAGGAACCUCCUCAUCUGAAUCGAGUAAAACACAAAAAAAACUUUUAAUGGAGUCCCGGUAGAGACAUCAAGAUGAACACGUUACCAUCAAUGGAUCGGCAUAUCCAGCAGACCAACGACAGGCUGCAGUGCAUCAAACAGCACUUACAGAACCCGGCCAACUUCCACUCGGCUGCCACGGAGCUGCUCGACUGGUGUGGAGAUCCCCGGGCCUUCCAGCGACCUUUCGAGCAAAGUCUCAUGGGAUGUCUGACGGUGGUGAGCCGCGUUGCCGCCCAGCAGGGGUUCGACUUGGACCUGGGCUACAGGUUGCUUGCUGUGUGUGCUGCCAACCGGGACAAAUUCACUCCUAAGUCUGCAGAAACCAGCACCUGCAGGAGAUGUCAGAGUGAUUCAGCUCUGCUGUCGUCGUGGUGUGAGGAGCUGGGCCGUCUCCUCCUGCUGCGUCAUCAGAAGAACAGGCAGAACGAACCGCAGGGAAAAGUUCCCAUGCAGCCCAGCAUGAACACCAUGAAGCCUGGCCUCACACACAGUGAUGGAUCAUUUCCGUAUGACUCUGUCCCCUGGCAACAAAACACCAACCAGCCUCCAGGGUCACUGUCGGUGGUUACAACUGUGUGGGGUGUGACUAAUACGUCACAAAGUCAGGUGCUGUGUAAUCCUAUGGCGAACAGCAACAACCACAUGAAUCCCGGGGGAAACCACAUGGGAUCGGGUAUGUCGGCCAGCGCAGCAGGGCUCAGUUCGCCGCAGUUCAGCGCUCAGCAGCAGCAAUUCCCAAGCAAAGGAGGAUCCGGCCAGUCGUACAUGCAGCAGGGCAUGUAUGGCAGGCCUGGCUAUCCCGGUGGGCCUGGGGGGUACAAUGGAAGUUAUUCUGGAAACCCCAACGCCCCUCCUGGCGGCAUGGGAAUGACAACCCACACACGUCCCCCUAGUGACUUCACUCCCCCUGCUGCUGCAGCUGCUGCUGCAGCCGUUGCUGCAGCUGCUGCCACAGCCACGGCCACAGCGACUGCCACUGUGGCUGCUCUGCAGGAAACGCAGAAUAAAGAGAUGAACCAGUAUGGACAGAUGUGCCCGUCGUUCCAGAUGGGCCCUGCACCAGCCUACAACAGCCAGUUCAUGAACCAGCCGGGCCCCCGAGGGCCUCCUGGAGGUAUGAACCCAGCUGCCAUGGGCUCAGGCAUGAGCAACCCCAACAUGAGUGGCCCUCCAAUGGGCAUGAGCCAGGCUCGAACACCAGGCAUGGGGCCUUUUGGAGGUCCCAGUCAGAGGAUGCCUCAGCAAGGUUACCCUGGUGGGCCACGGCAAGGCAUUCCCAUGCAGGGGAUAAAGAGGCCGUAUCCUGGGGAGGGGAGUUACGGGGGUCAGCAGUAUGGGCCAAACAGCCAGUUCCAGCCUCAGCAGGGACAAUACCCCUCAUCAUCAAAUCCCUCCAGGCCGCUGCCUUCCCCUAACUACCCCAGCCAACGGAUGCCAGUGCAGCAGGGUCAAGGACAAUACCCCCCUGGUAUGCCCAUGAGCCAGUACUACAAGCAAGAACCAUUCAAUGGUCAGAACACUAGCUUCACUGGAGGCGGAUAUUCCUAUAACCAAGGCAGUGGGCCCCCAAGGCCUGGUAACUACCCGCACUCUCCAGUCCCAGGAAACCCAACUCCUCCCAUGACCCCAGGAAGCAAUAUUCCCCCUUAUCUGUCGCCAAACCAGGAUGUGAAGCCCCCCUUUCCACCCGACAUGAAACCAAAUAUGACAGCACUUCCACCCCCUCCGGGCAACCCAAACGAGGAGCUGCGGCUGACGUUCCCAGUUAGGGACGGGGUGGUGCUGGAACCAUUCCGCCUGGAGCACAACCUGGCUGUCAGUAACCACGUCUUCCACCUGCGACCGUCCGUCCACCAGACACUCAUGUGGAGGUCAGAUCUUGAACUCCAGUUUAAGUGCUACCAUCAUGAAGACAGACAAAUGAACACCAACUGGCCGGCCUCGGUCCAGGUCAGCGUGAACGCCACGCCGCUCACCAUUGAGAGAGGCGACAACAAAACCUCCCACAAGCCACUGCACCUGAAGCACGUCUGCCAGCCGGGGAGGAACACCAUCCAGAUCACGGUCACCGCCUGCUGUUGUUCCCACCUGUUUGUGCUGCAGCUGGUCCACAGGCCAUCUGUGCGCUCCGUCCUCCAGGGGCUCCUGAAGAAGAGGCUCCUUCCUGCAGAACACUGCAUCACCAAGAUUAAGAGGAACUUCAGCAGCGUAGCGGCGUCGGCGGGCAACACCACGCUCAACGGAGAGGACGGCGUGGAGCAGACGGCCAUCAAAGUAUCGCUGAAAUGUCCCAUCACCUUUCGACGCAUCCAGCUCCCCGCGCGGGGCCACGACUGCAAACACGUGCAGUGCUUCGAUUUGGAGUCCUACUUGCAGCUCAACUGUGAGAGAGGGACAUGGAGGUGUCCUGUGUGCAAUAAAACAGCAUUAUUAGAAGGCCUGGAGGUUGACCAGUAUAUGUGGGGUAUUCUUAAUGCCAUCCAAAAUUCAGACUUUGAAGAGGUCACUAUAGACCCCACAUGUAGCUGGAGACCAGUUCCCAUCAAGUCUGAGCUGCACAUCAAAGAGGAUCCAGACGGACCGCUGGCCAAGCGCUUUAAGACUAUGAGUCCGAGUCAGAUGACCAUGCCCAACGUGAUGGACAUGAUCGCUCAGUUGGGGCCCGGUCCAGGACAUGGCCCAGGAUCUGGGCAGGGGCCAGGUCCGGGUCCGAGUUCCUACCCCCACCAUCCUGGACAGCAUCCCAGCGGAAACGGAGAUUACACCGGAUCAGGCAACAGCUACCACAAUCAAGGUAGCUUUGACUUCCCUAACGGGAACCCAUCCGCUGGCGGUGGCGUUGGAGGAGGAGGUGGUCCUCCCAUGAAUGAUUUCAUCCACGGCCCACAGCUCUCCCAUCCUCCCGACGGACCCGGUGGUCUUCUCCCCCAGGACAAGCCUCUUAGCCACGGCAUGAACGAUCCAAUGUCCCAUUCAGAUCAGUCCCAUAACUCCAUGCAGCCGAGCAUGCAUGCGUCCCCGCACGCUGGCAGCCAGUCAGGGCCGCCCUUACAUCACAGCGGCCAGUCAGGGCCGCCCCUGCAUCACAGCGCCCAAUCAUCACAGCCGCCUCGCCAGUCGCAACCGCAGCCUCAGCCGCAGCAGCAGCCGCAGCCGCAGCACCCUGUCCAGAACAGCCACCCCCACGGCGACCUGAGCUUUAACCCCUCCUCAGACACGCAGAUGGCUCAGGGAGCUCAGGACAUGCCCGAACCCUCCCUGGAUCUGCUUCCAGAGCUAGCCAACCCAGAAGAGUUACUCUCCUACUUGGACCCCCCCGACCUUCCCUCCAACAGCAAUGACGACCUACUCUCCCUUUUCGAGAACAACUAGCCCCUCCUCGCCCUCUUCCUGUGAACACUUGGAGCAGCUAGCUGUUUUCACGCACGCGGACUUGCUCGAACUGCUUCCGUGUUGACGACGGGCGUGCGGCACAGGAGCAUGGCUGUGAAGGAAGCGGGACGUCAACGCUCGAUCCCUGCACCCCCCAUUUUUACUCGGCUUGUGUAAAGAUUCCACACACCAGUUCCACCUCCUCUGGCUCCACCAUUCGUAGCCAUGUUGGUGGGCACUAAAUUGAUAUGAAAAUAUUUAUAUAUUAUAUACACAUACAUUACAUGUGUAUAUGAGCAUAUAUAGACAUAUGUGACUUUUCAAAUGAAAACUGUGCAGCUAUAAUCAUAUAUGACAACACGGAGGAGACAGAAGCCUUGUGUUGUAGCUUUCUUUUCU